UGUCUCUGAGUGAGCUGGAAGUGCCGCAGUCGGUUGUGAGAAUGAAGAUGGGAUUGUUUUUUACUCUGCUGGGCGCUUUACUGAUGGAAACCGUGCUGGGACUUGCUGAAGGUUCAACCAUCGAUCUGUGCAGACCUGGAUUCUCCCAGAACUUCUACACCGUCUUCAUGCCACGGGAAAUGCUGCACGGCCAAAGUAUCCUCAAAGACACUCCGCUGUCUUCAGGUCGAGUAAAGUUCGAGCUCUGCCACCUGAAUGAGAGGAUCAGAUUUGAGAGCAGCGACCCGAAAUUUGGAGUCCGCCCCGACGGGUCCAUGUACACAGAGCAGGAGGUGACGAACCUGUCCGAGCCCAUUCAGUUCAUGGUGACGGCUAGAGGGAGCAAGGACACCCAGAUUUGGGAGACGACGGUCAAACUUGCCCUUGCUGGACAUCCUCUUCCUCCCACCAUCAACCAGAUCGGCGAUGAAGCCGGUUUCCACCUCCGAUCCCACCACAUCCACCAAGCAAACCCUAAACUCAUCACGUUCCCCCGUCGACACCAGCGAGGCUCCUCUACCAACGGUCUGCGUCGACAGAAAAGAGACUGGGUCAUUCCACCCAUCAACGUGCCCGAGAACUCCAGAGGACCCUUCCCACAGAUGCUCGUCAGGAUCCGAUCAGACCAGGAUAAAGACAUUGAGAUUCGUUACAGCAUCACUGGAGCCGGAGCUGAUCAGCCACCCAGCGAUGUGUACAUCAUCGACCCUAUAACCGGGAAAAUGUCAGUCACCAAACCUCUGGACAGAGAGCUCAGAGCCUCCUACCAUCUCAGAGCUCAUGCAGUGGAUGUUAACGGAAAUCAGAUGGAGCCUCCGAUUGACCUGUACAUUUACGUGAUUGAUAUGAAUGACAACAGACCUGAGUUCCAGAACCAGGUCUAUAACGGGUCGGUUCCGGAAGGAUCCAAACCAGGCACGUCAGUGAUGCGUGUAACUGCAUUUGACGCAGAUGACAGCACCAUGCCCAACGGCCUGGUCCACUACAGGAUCCUGAACCAGAGUCCACACAUCCCCAUCCCAAACAUGUUCACCAUCAACGGCGCCACGGGUGAGAUCAGCACCAUAGCAGCCGGGCUCGACAGAGAGAAAGUUUCCCAGUACACGCUGAUCGUGCAGGCCACUGACAUGGAGGGCAGCCUGAACUUCGGCCUCUCCAAUACAGCGACCGCUCUCGUCUCCGUCACAGACAUCAACGACAACCCUCCGGAACUCGACUCCAAAACAUUCCUCGGUGAAGUCAAGGAGAAUACAGUUGGUGUAGUCGUGGCCAAUCUGACCGUGCGAGACAAGGACCAACCUCACACGCCCAACUGGAAUGCUGUUUACAGGAUUGUAGGUGGAGACACUAUGGGUCACUUCGCCAUCCAUACUGACGAACUUACCAAUGAUGGAAGAGUUACUGUGGUCAAGCCAGUGGACUAUGAAAGGAACGGUGGCUUCAUGUUGACUGUAGUGGUCUCUAAUCAGGCCCAUCUUGCCAGCGGCAUCCCGUCGUCUCUCUCUUCCACUGCCGGCGUCACCAUCUCUGUACAGGAUGUAAAUGAGGCGCCUGUCUUUUCCCCCAACCCCAAAGUAAUUCGCUUUGAGGAGGGAGUUCCGGCCGAUACCACACUCACUGCGUUUGCUGCAGUGGAUCCUGACCGCUUCAUUCAACAGACUGUCAGAUACUCUAAGCUAGCCGAUCCUGGAAACUGGCUUCGAAUCAACAGGACAAACGGACAAAUCUCUACGACAGCCAUCCUGGACCGGGAGUCGCCUUACGUGAAGAAUAACGUGUAUGAAGCAAAAUUUCUAGCUGUGGAUAGUGGCAUUCCUCCUGCGACAGGAACCGGUACUCUGCAGAUCUAUCUGAUAGAUGUGAAUGAUAAUGUACCCGUGCUAGUGCCCAAAGAGGCCCAGCUGUGUGAAAGAUCACGACCCAGCUCCAGGAUAAACAUCACGGCUGUAGAUGCCGACGCUGAGCCCAACGGUGGGCCGUACAUUUUUGAGCUGCCCUCGUUUCCUCCGUCUGUUCGCCGUAACUGGACAGUCUCACGUUUGAAUGGUGAAUAUGCUCAACUCAGACUCAGGAUCUCGUACCUGGAGGCUGGUGUGUACAAGGUGCCCAUUAUGGUAUCAGACUCAGGAAACCCUCCGUUGACUAACCGGUCUGUGAUCAGGGUGAAAGUGUGUCCCUGUGACAACCACGGAGACUGCACUGCACUGGGAGCCGUGGCAUCUGCCAGCCUAGGGACGGGUGCCAUUAUCGCCAUCCUCAUAUGCAUUAUCAUCCUGCUAUGUAUGGUGCUGUUUUUUGUGGUGUGGAUGAAGCGCAGAGAAAAGGAACGUCAGGCCAAACCUCUCCUGAUAGACCCAGAGGACGACGUCAGGGACAACAUACUGAAAUAUGAUGAGGAGGGAGGUGGAGAGGAGGACCAGGAUUAUGACCUCAGUCAGCUGCAGCAGCCCGAGACCCUCGAGCAUAUGAUGAACAAACCAGGGGGGGUGAGGAGGGUGGACGAGAGACCCGUCAUCCCGGAGUCGCAGUAUCCAGUACGACCCAGCUUACCUCAUCCAGGAGAUAUUGGAGACUUCAUUUCUGAUGGGCUGCGGGCGGCGGAUAACGACCCGACGGCUCCACCAUACGACUCGCUGCUCGUGUUCGAUUACGAGGGGAGCGGCUCAACUGCCGGCUCGGUCAGCUCGCUGGACUCGUCCAGUUCAGAAGAGCAGGACUACGACUACCUCAACGACUGGGGACCACGCUUUAAAAAACUGGCCGACCUGUACGGGGGCGGGGCAGACGACUGAGACCACAUCUCACGGGAUGAGAGAGGGGGCACAGGGGAGGAAAUUGUUUUCUCGGUCUGGACGUGUUACCGAAGAGCCAUAGGAACUGAGGACGGCUGAGCGUUCCUGCGGAGGACUCUGUGGGGAA